AUGAGCUGUCAACAAGGUCAAAUGCCUGGAAAAGGAGGCGGCGGCAGCUCCGGCGGUUCGGGUAUGAUGAAGGCACCGGGUGGCGGUGGGGCCCAAAUUCCUCGGGCCGGGUUCGAGAGCAAUCCCAAAAGUUACUUUUCUGGAUUGCAUGCUUCUGGAAAGAAAUUCUAA